AUGACGUCGAUCAACAGCUCCAUGAUCGCCAUGGUCAAGUCCUUGAUGAACUUCGUGGAGGAACGGAUCACUAUCUCGAGGGAGAGGAGAUACUACGGGUCUUUCUCUUACCUUCUCAGCAAGACCUUAGCUGAGGCCCCACUCGACGCUUUCUUCGCUGCUCUCUUCGGCUUCACCGUCCACCAGAGCUGCGGCAUGCAGGGAAGCCUCAAAGACUUCGUUCAGCUUGUCACCUUCCAGGCCUUGUCGUCUUCAGCUCUCGGUCAGCUCAUCGGUGCUAGUGUAACUUCACCUGCAGCGGCUCUUGCCAUGGGUCCUCCUCUCAUUCUCGUCCUCACCAUCGUCGGAGCUGUCGGGCCCUCAGGCAGUCCUUCACUUCCUCCUCUGCUCGAGCCUCUCCGGUCGAUCUCGAUGAUCCGCUACGGCUGUGAAGGCCUCUGUGCCUCGGAGCUUUCGGCCAUGGCGGCAGAGAAAGACUCUUUGCUCGGUCAGAAGAGGAACAAGCUUCUCCUGCGUCAGCUCAAACUUGACAAAGUUACAGUCGCCGACUCUCUCCGCGGGCAGUACUCCCUCCUUGGAGGCUUCUACGUGCUGACGCUGGGAGCGCUCAUGGCGACCAGCCCGAGGAUUCAGCCGCUAGAGGAGCCGGAGGAGUAG